AAACGGCGUAAGCAGAAAGAAAAGGAGAAAUUGAAAACAAUAUCCGCCUUUUUUGUAGAAAAGGAGAAAUUGAACAUCACUCCAUUGAAAUCGGGAAAAAAGGAUUAUAAGAGAGAUAGAUUAGGGAGAGUAGGUGAGAAAUGCAGAGGCUGAGCAUUAGGCAUGUGAUUAGGGUUUAUGGAAAUGGACUCUCCUGAAUCUUCGUUACCUGCUUCCACCUCCGACGCUUUUGAUACUGCCACUUUUCAAGACUCGCCUGUCUUUAGUUACAUUUGCAACCUUUCUCCUAUACAGCCAGUCAAAGCAUCAUCAGUUACACAGGGUUUCCCUGGGCUCAAUUCUCCUCCCCUCGUCUUUACAUCUCCUCAACUCAUUCCCCACAAAAGCAGGGCUCAGUUCCCCAGAACUUCUUUUCCUAAAUUACACGUACUGUUAGAAGAGAGCAAGAAUAGUGGCUCUACGGUCAAGGGGAAUGGGGAACAAGAUAUUCAGCUCAGCACCAGUAUAGCAGCUUCCACCGAAAAAGCUUCAGAUAGCAACAAUUCUGUAGAUGAGCUAAUCCAAAGUCCCUCAGGAUCCCGCGAACAGUUCUUGAAAGAUAUUGUGAAUGUUGAUUCUCCCGACCCUGACUUUUCCUUUGAUUCAACUAUCAAAAAAACUGAACACAAUGAUCAACUAGCAAAUGCUCCAACAUGCUCUAAGGAUAUUGUAGUAAACCUUCGGCACGAACUUAAUUCAGGAAUAACUGGAGAAUUGGCUGUAACGCAUCCUUCUAUCUGUAAGGAAACUGAAGAUGCACAAACUGAACAUAUAUUGAUCAAUGCCAGUGCAUCAGAAAAGGAUGAAGUUUCUGUUAAUUGUUCAACGGUUGGGACUGAGUUGUCUGCAGACAAUGUCAAUCGCGGUGAAGACAAUUUCAUGACUGAGUCACAGAAUGCAAAAGCUGGACAGGCUGCCUCCUUGGACCAAUCUUCUAAUCUGCCCACAGGAUCAAAGGCUUUUCAAAACCGUGGGGUACGUAGGCGUUGUCUCCAGUUUGAAAAUGCUCAACAUAGUAUAAUCUCAAGUAGAGAAGCUCAAGAUACUUCAGAUGGUGAGAGACCAAAGACACAAAUCUUAGAGACACCAUUGACACCCAUUGAUGGGAAACUGUACCCUCAAAAUACGUUGAACUCGUCAAUCAAGCUUCCCAAGCCUUCUGGUUUUGGCUUACACCUGAAUAGUAUUCUCAAUACUGUGCGAGCUGGAUCUGCUGCAACAAUAAAUGUGAAAGCAGCUCAGUGGGAUUGUUUGUCAGCAACAACUGAUGGAAACAAGCAUGAAACUCAUGACUGUGCAUCAGAUGGUUCAUCUUUGCCAUUGGCCACAAAUGGUGUCAAACCUGCUAAUGAUUUGGUCACCUUAAAUUCCAAUGCAAACCAGUCAAUUUUAGGCAAUAAAAGGGAAACUACUGAAAAAGAUAGUGAACUGGAGGGGAUCAACAAUUUAAGCCCUAAAAAGAAAAGGAUGAAUGCAACUGAGAGUGGUGAUGGUCGUAAGCGUUGCAACUGUAAGAGGUCCAAAUGUCUGAAGCUUUAUUGUGAUUGCUUUGCUGCUGGGGCCUAUUGUGCAGAUGCUUGUUCUUGUCUAGAGUGCUUUAACAGACCUAAUAAUGAGGAUAAGGUUAUGGAGACAAAGAAAAAAAUUGAAUCUCGGGACCCAUUUGCAUUUGCUCCUAGAGUUGUACAACACAUCAUUGAGCAAUCCCCUAAUAUAAGUUGUGGGGAAGAUAGAUCCAAUUUCACACCUGCCUCAGCAAGACAUAAAAAAGGCUGCAAGUGCAAGAAAUCGAUGUGUCUUAAAAAGUAUUGUGAAUGCUAUCAGGCAAAUGUUGGAUGUUCAGAUGGAUGCCGCUGUGAAGGAUGCAAGAAUGUCUUUGGCCAAAAGGGAGUAUAUGGAAUGGCUAAGGUUUACUUGGCUGGAGAAGAUUCCCAAGAAACAACCGACGACUUGUUUGUACAAAAAUGUGAGAUAGAUGCAUCCGGGAGUCAUACAUGCCAUACCGACUUUGUCAAUCCGAAUAAUUUGACUCCUCUCACACCAGCAUUCCAAUUCUCAAACCAUGGAACGGAUGGAUCAGUGGCGUGUUUCCCUUCUGGAAAGUACUUUCAUUCGCCAGAAUCUGGUUUAACGUAUGCAACACCAUACGCGAUGUCCUCAGCAUCUCACAAUAUUUCAGCUAAUAAUGCUGCAAUUCCUGAAAGUUCGAAGGAAUCUUGUCAUGGUAAUGGCAACACGGUGGAUGAAUUCUCAGCAGCAUGUUCCAGAAGUUCCCUUGUCUGGCGCGGAUCACCAAUUACCCCGAUGGCUGAGUUUAGUGGGAGCAAAGUUCUGCAAGAGGAUGAAUUUGAGUUUGGGUUGUCUAACACCGUGCAAGAUGAUACGCCAGAAAUACUGAAGGAUAGUCCGACGCCCCUCAACACUGUGAAAGCUAACUCACCAAAUAAGAAAAGAGUGUCUCCACCUCAUGGCCAACCACCCGAGUACACUUCAAGUUCAUCAGCAGAUCUUCGAACUGCACGCAAGUUCAUACUGAAAGCUGUUCCCUCAUUCCCACCUCUCACACCAUGCAUUGAUUCCAAAACCCUGGGCGUGCAGCAGGAUAGCUCUCCUGAAAAUUGCGGUGCCAACAAGUAGACGAAGCUGUUAGAUGGUAGCUUUCAUCCAUGGACAUUGUGAGCAAUCUUCAUUAAUCACGUCCCGCCAUCCAAUAAGCAGAUAUGCAUUCGACUCUCGGGAUGUAUACUUUUUGAAGAUCAAAUGGCCCAAACAUCAUGUUGAAUCUUCAAGAAUGUCUUCAUCACCAUUAUCAUCAAUAUCACCAUCAUCAAGACUGUGAGGUCUCCAUAACUUCUCCCAUCUCAAACUGCACCAUCAUCAAGACGUGGGGUCCACCUCUCAAUAUUUGGAAGGACACCAAUCUACUAUCUUCCUAGGCUUACAAUUAGUGCAAACAAAAUCCAGGAAAGGGAUCAUUAUCUAUCAAGAAAUUGGAAAUUUGGGAGUCCAAACUGUUCCAUUCUCACCAUCGCCUUGACCAUAGCCGGAGCUGUGAUGUGGUCGAACCCUAUAAGGCUUGUUUCCUUGCAUACUUGUUGUGCCAACCAGAUUGUCACUUAUGUUGCCCACGUUUGGACUAUGAGAAAUCUUGACCGUGAGGUUCUUCAAUUUGUUAUAACUUACUAUAAGUUUUUAUUUAGGGUGAUUAAUUAAAUUAAUUGAUUAUUUUUGCAUAA